AUGGCCGCUGGAGGCAGCGCCGCUGUGGGUGGGGGCGUGCAUGAGUGUAAAACGCGAAGAAGUGUCCGGACCAAUGGUGGGCCCGGAGAAGGACUGCAUAGCCCAGCUCCAGGUCCUGGCAGCCUCCUUCCUCCCUGCAGGCGAUGGUGUGAGCGGACGGAGACCAUCCGCGUGGAAGAGGAAGUAGCCCCUCGUCAGGAGGACCUGGUGCCCUGUGCCAGCCUCUACCAUUACAGCCGCCUGGGCUGGCGGCUGGACCUGCCCGGGAGUGGCCGUGCCAGGUCCCCAACACCCGGGCUCUGUCCCAUCUACAAACCCCCAGAAACCCGGCCUGCUACAUGGAACCGGACGGUGAGGGCUUGCUGCCCAGGCUGGGGCGGCACACACUGCACCGAGGCCCUCGACGGCGCUAGCCCUGAAGGCCUCUGCUUUGCCACGUGGCAGUGCCAGCCAUGGGCAGACUCAGUUAACGCUUCGGCAGAAAGCCUGGAAGACUGCUGUGCCCGGCCCUGGGGUCGCAGCUGGUGGGACGGCAGCUCCCAGGCCUGCGUCCCCUGCUCCAGCCCACACCUGCCAGUCAGUGCCUCCUCUCCAGCCGUCCUGCAGCCCCUGGCAGGGGCUGUGGGACAACUCUGGAGCCAGCAGCAACGUCCCUCUGCCACCUGUGCCACCUGGUCGGGCUUCCACUACCGCACCUUUGACGGACGCCACUACCACUUCCUGGGCCGCUGCACCUACCUGCUGGCGGGCACUGCUGACUCCAGCUGGGCUGUCCACCUCGGGCCUGGGGACCACUGUCCCCAGCCUGGGCUCUGUCAGCUGGUACGGGUGACAAUGGGACCCGAGGAGGUGCUGAUUCAGGGUGGAAACGUCUCUGUGAAGGGGCAGCUGGUACCUGAAGGGGAGCCGCGGCUGUUCCACGGGCUGAGCCUGCAGUGGCUGGGGGACUGGCUGGUGCUGUCGGGGGGCCUGGGGGUCGUGGUGCGGCUGGACAGGGCUGGCUCCAUCUCCAUCUCUGUGGACCACGAGCUCUGGGGACAGACGCAAGGCCUCUGUGGGCUGUACAAUGGCCGGCCUGAGGAUGACUUUGUGGAGCCUGGCGGGGGCCUGGCCGUGUUAGCUGCCACCUUUGGGAACUCCUGGAGGCUUCCUGACUCGGAGCCUGGGUGUCUGGAUGCAGUGGAGGUGGCCCAGGGCUGUGAGGGCCCCCUGGGAAACACAGAGGCGGGCGUGGAGCCUGGCCAGCUGCGGGGCGAAGCCCAGGACGUGUGCCAUCAGCUGCUGGGCAGUCCGUUCUGGCAGUGCCAUGCCCAGGUCCCCCCUGCUGAGUACCACGAGGCCUGCCUCUUUGCCUACUGCAGGGGGGCCGCGGCGGGCAGCGGGCGCGAGGGGCGGCGGGAGGCCGUGUGUGCCACCUUUGCCAGCUACGCCCAGGCCUGUGCCAGGCGGCACGUGCAGGUCACCUGGAGGAAGCCCGGCUUCUGCGAGCGCCCGUGCCCAGGAGGCCAGCUCUACUCCGACUGCGCCUCCCCCUGCCCGCCCAGCUGCCAGGCAGUGGGCCCGGGAGAGGAGGGCUCCUGCGGGGAGGAGUGUGUGAGCGGCUGUGAGUGCCCGCGAGGCCUCUUCUGGGACGGUGCCCUCUGCGUGCCUGCCGCCCGCUGCCCCUGCUACCACCGGCGCCAGCGCUACGCCCCGGGCGACACCGUGCUCCAGCUGUGUAACCCGUGCGUCUGCCGGGGCGGCCGCUGGCACUGCACACAGGCCCCGUGCCCCGCCGAGUGUGCGGUGGGAGGGGACGGGCACUAUGUCACCUUCGAUGGGCGGAGCUUCUCCUUCCGAGGUGGCCCGGGGUGCCGCUACAGCCUGGUGCAGGACUACGUGAAGGGGCGGCUGCUGAUCCAGCUGGAGCACGGGGCCUGCGACUCUGGGAGCUGCCUGCACGCCAUCUCUGUCUCCCUGGGGGACACCCACGUCCAGCUCAGGGACUCAGGAGCUGUGCUGGCGGACGGGCAGGACGUGAGCUUGCCCUGGAGCGGCGCUGGGGGCCUCAGAGUCUCCCGAGCCUCCUCUACCUUCCUGCUGCUGCGCUGGCCUGGGGCCCAGGUCCUCUGGGGAGUGUCGGACCCUGCUGCCUACGUCACCCUGGACCCCCGUCAUGCCCACCAGGUGCAGGGUCUGUGUGGCACCUUCACCUGGAACCAGCAGGACGACUUCUUGACACCGGCUGGGGACGUGGAGACCAGCAUUGCUGCCUUUGCCAGCAAGUUCCAGGUGGCAGGCGAGGGAAGGUGCCCCUCAGGGGACAGCGCCCCGCUUUCCCCCUGCAGCGCCCACUCCCAGCGCCACACUGUCGCAGAGGCAGCCUGUGCCGUCCUGCAUGGCCCGGCCUUCCAGGAGUGCCACGGGCUGGUGGACAGGGAGCCGUUCCAGCUGCGCUGCCUGGCAGCCGUGUGCGGCUGCACCCCUGGCAGGGACUGCCUGUGCCCGGUGCUCUCUGCCUAUGCACGCCACUGCGCCCAGGCCGGCGCCCUGCUUGCUUGGAGGAACCAGACUCUCUGCCCCGUCCUGUGUCCUGGUGGCCAGGAGUACCAGGAGUGUGCCCCGGCGUGCGGUCGACACUGUGGGGAGCUGGAGGACUGUGGGGAGCUGGGCGGCUGUGUGGCUGGCUGUACCUGCCCCCCAGGGCUGCUGUGGGACCCCGAGGGCCAGUGUGUGCCCCCCAGCCUGUGCGUCUGCCAGCUCGGAGCUCGUCGCUACGCCCCGGGCAGUGCCACCACGAAGGACUGCAACCGCUGUGUCUGCCAGGAAAGGGGCCUCUGGAACUGCACGGCCCGCCGCUGUCCGCCACGGCGGGCAUUCUGUCCCCGGGAGCUUGUCUAUGCCCCUGGUGCCUGCCUCCUCACCUGUGACAACCCCCAGGCCAACCACUCCUGCCCCGCGGGCAGCGCUGAUGGCUGUGUCUGUCCGCUGGGCACGGUGCUGCUGGAUGAGCGCUGUGUGCCUCCUGAGCUGUGUCCCUGCCGUCACAGUGGGCAGUGGUACCCGCCCAACGCCACCAUCCAGGAAGACUGCAACGUCUGCGUGUGCCGGGGCCGGAAGUGGCACUGCACAGGCCGGCAGUGCAGUGGGCGGUGCCAGGUGUCAGGCGCCCCCCACUAUGUGACGUUCGAUGGACUGGCCUUCACCUUCCCCGGGGCCUGCGAGUAUCUGCUGGUGCGAGAGGCCGGCGGCCGGUUCACAGUCUCUGCCCAGAACCUGCCCUGCGGGGCCAGCGGUCUCACCUGCACCAAGGCGCUGACUGUGCGUCUGGAGAGCACUGUAGUGCACAUGCUCAGAGGCCGGGCAGUGACAGUGAAUGGGGUGAGUGUGACACCACCCAAGGUCUACACGGGUCCCGGGCUGAGCCUGCACCGUGCUGGCCUCUUCCUGCUGCUCACGACCCGCCUGGGCCUCACCCUGCUCUGGGACGGAGGCACGCGGGUGCUGGUGCAGCUGCCCCCCCAGUUCCGCGGUCGUGUGGCCGGGCUGUGCGGAGACUUUGACGGAGACGCCAGCAACGACCUGCGGAGCCGCCAGGGCGUCCUGGAGCCCACGGCUGAGCUGGCCGCCCACUCCUGGCGCCUCAGUCCCCUCUGCCCGGAGCCAGGAGACCUGCCGCACCCCUGCACCGUGAAUGCGCACCGGGCUGCCUGGGCUCGGGCCCGCUGCGGGGUGGUGCUGCAGCCACUCUUUGCCCCGUGCCACGCGGAGGUGCCCCCGCAGCAGCACUACAAGCGGUGUGUGUACGACGCCUGCAGCUGCGAUUCAGGGGGCGACUGUGAGUGCCUCUGCUCAGCCGUUGCCACCUAUGCAGACGAGUGUGCCCGGCACGGGCACCAUGUGCGCUGGCGCAGCCAGGAGCUCUGCCCCCUGCAGUGUGAAGGGGGACAGGUGUAUGAGGCCUGUGGCCCCACGUGUCCCCCCACCUGCCAUGACCACCGUCCCGAGCCCAGGUGGCACUGCCAGGCUGUGGCCUGCCUGGAGGGCUGCUUCUGCCCCAAGGGGACUCUGCUGCACGGAGGAGCCUGCGUGGAGCCGGCCGCCUGCCCCUGCGAGUGGGAGGGCAGCUUCUUCCCGCCGGGGGCCGUGCUGCACAAGGACUGCGGGAACUGCACGUGCCAGGAGAGCCAGUGGCGCUGUGGGGGUGACGGUGCCCGCUGCGAGGACCUGGUGCCCAGCUGUGCAGAGGGAGAGGCCCCGUGCCAGGGGAACGGACACUGCAUACCACUCUCGUGGCUUUGUGACAACCAGGACGACUGUGGCGAUGGCUCAGAUGAGGAGGGCUGUGCCGCCCCAGGCUGUGGGGAGGGGCAGGUGUCCUGCAGCUCUGGCCACUGCCUGGCGCCGGCCCUGCUCUGCAACGGCAAGGACGACUGCGGAGACGGCUCUGACGAGCAGGGCUGCCCGUGCCCCCCCGGCUCGCUGACCUGUGCCGACGGGGGCUGCCUGCCCCCGGCCCUGCUCUGCGACGGGCACCCUGACUGUCCAGACACCGCUGACGAGGAGUCCUGCCCGGAGCAGGUGAACUGCAUCCCCGGGGAGGUGUCCUGCAUUGACGGCACCUGUGUGGGCGCCAGCCAGCUGUGUGACGGAGUUUGGGACUGCCCGGACGGAGCUGAUGAGGGGCCUGGACACUGCCCCCUCCCCUCUCUGCCCACACCACCUACCGGCACCUUGCCUGGGCCCUCCACCGGCUCCCCGGACACUACGCUGCCGGGUCCCCUGGCCGGCGCCAGCCCAGCGCCGCCCUGCGGCCCCUUCGAGUUUGCGUGCGGCAGCGGCGAGUGCACCCCGCGGGGCUGGCGCUGCGACCAGGAGGAGGACUGCGCCGAUGGCAGCGACGAGCGCGGCUGCGGCGGGCCCUGCGCGCCGCCCCACGCGCCCUGCGCCAGCGGCCCGCACUGCGUGGCCCCGGGGCAGCUGUGCGACGGCGUGCCCCAGUGCCCCGACGGCUCGGACGAGGGCCCCGACGCCUGCGAGGGGCUGCCAGCCCCAGGAGGCCCCAACAGGACAGGGGCUCCCUGCCCAGAAUACACCUGCCCUGAUGGCGUCUGCAUUGGUUUCCAGCUGGUGUGCAACGGGAAGCCUGACUGCGAAGGGCCGGGGGAGGCCGGGCCCUCCCCAGAAGAGCAGGGCUGUGGGGCCUGGGGCCCCUGGAGCCCGUGGGGGCUGUGCAGCCGCACCUGUGGGCCUGGGGUGCAGGCCCGGAGCCGCCGCUGCUCCCCACCUGGCCUCCAGGUGCUGCAGCACUGCCCGGGCCCCGAGCGCCAGUCUCAGGCUUGCUUUAGCGGGGCCUGCCCAGUGGAUGGAGAGUGGAGCUCCUGGUCUCCCUGGUCCCCGUGCUCUGAGCCGUGCGGGGGCACCACGAUGCGGCAGAGGCAGUGCCACCCACCCCAGAACGGGGGCCGCACCUGCGCUGCGCUGCCCGGGGGCCCACACAGCGCCCGCCAGACCAAGCCCUGCCCUCAGGACGGCUGCCCCAACGCCACGUGCUCUGCGGAGCUGGUGUUCUGGCCCUGUGCUCCCUGCCCUCUGACCUGUGAUGACAUCUCUGGCCAGGCCAUGUGCCCGCCUGACCGGCCCUGUAGCAGCCCAGGCUGCUGGUGCCCAGAAGGGCAGGUGCUCGGCAUCGAAGGGAGGUGUGUGUGGCCCCGGCAGUGCCCCUGCCUGGUGGACGGCGCCCGCUACUGGCCUGGGCAGCACAUCAAGGCUGACUGCCAGCUCUGCACCUGCCAGGACGGGCGGCCCCGGCGCUGCCGGCCCAACCCAGACUGCGCUGUGGACUGCGGCUGGUCCUCCUGGGCCCCCUGGGCCGAGUGCCUGGGCCCGUGUGGGAGCCAGAGCAUCCAGUGGUCCUUCCGGAGCCCCAACAACCCCCGGCCCUCCGGCCGAGGCCGCCAGUGCCGUGGCAUCCACCACAAGGCCCGCAGGUGCCUGACGGAGCCCUGCGAGGGCUGCGAGCACCAGGGCCGGGUCCACCGCAUCGGGGAGCGCUGGCGCGGGGGCCCCUGCAGGGCGUGCCAGUGUCUGCACAACCGCACCGCCCUCUGCUCCCCCUACUGCCCGCUGGGCCGCUGCCCCCAGGGCUGGGUCCUGGUGGAGGGAACAGGAGAGUCGUGCUGCCGCUGUGUCCUGCCUGGAGAGGACCAGACAGUCCACCCCAUGGCCACUCCCAGCCCAGCUCCAGCCCCCGGUUCCCAGGUCGGAGCCCCACUGGUCGGCCACAUUCUGCCUCCGCCGGGAGACCCCUGCUAUUCUCCCCUGGGGCUGGCCCGACUGCCACAGGGGAGCCUGCGAGCGUCGUUGUCGUCCCAGCAGCUGCAGCACCCCACCUGGGCUGCCCUCCCGGCAGCCCCCACCGAGGGGCCGGGCCCUGAGGGAUGGAGCCCCGGAGAGGGUGCUUACGCCGAGUGGCAGCCCUACCUGCAGCUGGACCUGCUGCGGCCCCACAACCUCACCGGCAUCGUAGUGCAGGCGGCUGGUUCCUCCAGCACUCACGUCGCCAGCUUCUUGCUCCAGCUCAGCAGUGAUGGUCUACACUGGCACGACUACCAUGACAUCCUGCCUGGCGUCUUGUCCCUGCCCAAGCUUUUCCCUGACACCUGGGGCGACCUGGCCCCCGAGGUAUGGACAUUCGGCCGGAUGGUGCAGGCGAGGCACGUCAGGGUGUGGCCCCGAGAUGUCCACCACAGCGAGCACGGCCGGGGCGUCUUCCUGCGGGUGGAGCUGCUGGGCUGUGAGCCAGUGUCCCCGACAGUGUCCCCGUCGGUGCCCCCGUGCCCUGGGGCCGGGCACCGCUGUGCCAGUGGAGAGUGUGCCCUGAGAGGGGGCCCGUGCGACGGCGCUGCAGACUGCAGGGAUGGCUCGGAUGAGGAGGGCUGCGCGCCCAGAGUCCAUCCCACAGCCGGGACCCCGGUCUUCUCCUCCACCCAGCCCAGGGAGGGUCUGGCGGGGACUGAACACGGGCAUCCCGUGCAGGAGCCACCCACACCCCCCACAGAGAGGAGGCCCGCGAGUCCUGCCCCAGCCUCCAGGGCGCUUCACCUGAGUUCUGGGGAAUCCGUGCAGACACUGCCCACCACCCCCACCCCACAGAUGGAGGCCGGGACCCCGCAGCCAGGGAUGGCCGCCGUGACCAUGCUCCUCCCACACCCAGAGACUCUGAGGACCCCUGCUGGCCAGAGUGUCGCCCCGAGGCCCUUCCCAGCCGUGCGGUGCAGCCCUGGCCAGGUGCCCUGCGAGGUGCUGGGCUGCGUGGAGCAGGCGCAGCUGUGUGACGGCAGCGAGGACUGCCUCGACGGCUCUGACGAGAGGCGCUGCGCGAGCCCGGUGCCCUUCACAGUGCCCACCACAGCCCUGCCGGGGUUGCCGGCCUCCAGGGCCCUCUGCUCUCGGAGGCAGCUGAGCUGCGGCAGUGGGGAGUGUCUGCCCGCUGAGCGGCGCUGCGACCUGCGGCCCGACUGCCAGGACGGCUCCGACGAGGACGGCUGUGUGGACUGUGUGCUGGCAACCUGGUCUGGCUGGAGCAGCUGCAGCCACAGCUGUGGCCUGGGCCUAGCCUUCCAGCGCCGAGAGCUUCUGCGGCCUGCCCUACCUGGGGGCAGCUGCCCCCGCGACCAGCUGCGCAGCCAGUCCUGCUUCGUGCAGGCCUGUCCAGUGGCUGGGGCAUGGGCCAUGUGGGAGGCCUGGGGACCCUGCAGCGUCUCCUGUGGGGGUGGCCAUCAGAGUCGCCGGAGGAGAUGUAUGGACCCUCCGCCCAAGAACGGCGGUGCCCCCUGCCCUGGGGCCUCCCAAGAGAGGGCACCCUGCGGCUUGCAGCCCUGCACAGGUGGCACAGACUGCGGGCCGGGCCUUGUGCACGUGAGUGCCGAUCUGUGCCAGAAGGGGCUGGUGCCCCCGUGCCCACCAUCCUGCUUGGACCCCGAGGCCCACAGAGGUUGCAGCGGCCACUGCGUGGAGGGAUGCCGCUGUCCCCCGGGGCUCCUUCUCCAUGACACUCGCUGCCUGCCCCUCUCCGAGUGCCCCUGCCUCGUGGGCGAAGAGCUGAAGCAGCCCGGGGAGUCCUUCCUCCUAGACAACUGCAGCCGAUGCUUGUGUGAGAAGGGGGUGCUGCUGUGCGAACCAGGAGGCUGCCCCCUGCCCUGCGGCUGGUCAGCCUGGUCCUUCUGGGCUCCCUGUGACCGCUCCUGUGGCUCUGGAGUGAGGGCCAGGUUCAGGUCUCCCUCCAACCCUCCGGCAGCUUCCGGGGGUGCCCCAUGUGAAGGCGACAGGCAGGAAGUGCAGGCCUGCCACACAGAGUGUGGCACAGAGGCGCUGGGCUGGACGCCCUGGACGUCCUGGUCCUCCUGCUCCCGGAGCUGCCUUGCCCCUGGUGGGGGCCCUGGCUGGCGCAGUCGCUCCCGGCUCUGCCCCAGCCCUGGAGACACAUCCUGCCCAGGAGACGCCACCCAGGAGGAGCCCUGCAGCCCCCCUGUGUGCCCAGAGCCCAGCGUCUGGGGUCAGUGGACUGCCUGGUCCCCCUGCUCGGCCCCCUGUGACGGAGGCAUCCAGACCCGUGGGCGCAGCUGCUCUGGGUCGGCUCGCAGGGACCCCGCCUGCCAGGGGCCCCACAGUCAGACCAGGGACUGCAACACGCAGCCUUGCACAGCCCAGUGCCCAGGGAACAUGGUGUUCCGCUCAGCAGAUCAGUGUCUCCAAGAGGGGGGUCCGUGCCCUCGGCUGUGCCUGGCGCAGGACCCUGGGGUGGAGUGCACAGGCUUCUGCGUCCCUGGCUGCACUUGCCCCCCUGGCCUCUUCCUGCACAAUGCUAGCUGCCUGCCCCGCAGCCAGUGCCCCUGCCAGCUGCACGGGCAGCUCUACUCGCCAGGAGCAGUGGCUCUCCUGGACUCCUGCAACAACUGCACCUGUAUCUCUGGAGAGAUGGUGUGCACCUCGGAGCUCUGCCCAGUGGCCUGUGGCUGGAGUCCCUGGACCCCAUGGAGUCUCUGCAGCCGCAGCUGCAACGUGGGCAUUCGGAGGCGCUUCCGGGCAGGCACUGCACCCCCAGCUGCCUUUGGGGGUGCUGAGUGCCAGGGCCCCAACAUGGAGGCUGAAUUCUGCAGCCUGCAGCCGUGUCGAGGUCCCAGUGGGGAGUGGGGCCCUUGGUCUCCGUGUUCUGUGCCCUGUGGCGGUGGCUACAGGAACCGUACCCGAGGCAGUGGUCUGCACAGCCCCAUGGAGUUCUCCACCUGUGGCCUGCAGCCCUGUGCAGGGCCAGUACCUGGCGUGUGUCCCAGGGGCAAGCUGUGGCUGGACUGUGCCCAGGGCCCUGCCUCCUGUGCAGAGCUCAGCGCCCCAAGAGGGACCAACCAGACCUGCCACCCUGGCUGCUACUGCCCACCUGGAACGCUCCUGCUGAACAACGUGUGUGUGCCCGCCCAGGACUGCCCCUGUGCCCACGGGGGGCGCCUCCACGCCCCGGGCAGUGCCAUGCUCCGUCCAUGUGAGAACUGCUCCUGCGUCUCUGGGCUCAUCACCAACUGCAUCUCCCGGCCGUGUGAGGAGGGUCAGCCCCUGUGGUCACCCUGGACCCCCUGGAGCGAAUGCUCUGCCUCCUGCGGCCCUGCCCGUCGCCACCGGCACCGCUUCUGCGCCAGGCCGCCCAGCGCAGCGCCACCCAGCAUGGCUCCGCUGCCCCCGCCAGCCACACUGGUGCCCCCCUGCCCAGGCCCCGAGGCCGAGGAGGAGCCGUGCCUCCAGACAGAGUGUGACCGAGCUGGGGGCUGGGGUCCGUGGGGGCCCUGGUCCCGCUGUAGUCGGAGCUGCGGGGGAGGCCUGAGGAGCAGGACCCGAGCCUGUGACCAGCCCCCACCGCAGGGCCUGGGCGAUCACUGCGAGGGGCCGCGCGCCCAGGGGGAGGCCUGCCAGGCGCUGCCCUGCCCAGUGACCAACUGCACCACCAUCGAAGGGGCCGAGUACAGCCCCUGUGGCCCUCCCUGUCCUCGCUCUUGUGACGACCUAGUGCACUGCGUGUGGCGCUGCCAGCCUGGCUGCUACUGCCCACUGGGCCAAGUGCUGAGUGCCGACGGGGCCGUCUGUGUGCCGCCGGGUCACUGCAGCUGCCUGGACAUGCUGACCGGACAGAGGCACCGUCCGGGGGCUCAGCUAGCCAGGCCUGACGGCUGCAACCACUGCACCUGCCUGGAGGGGAGGCUGAACUGCACAGAACUGCCCUGCCCAGUGCCCGGCGGCUGGUGCCCAUGGUCGGAGUGGACGGCGUGCUCCCAGCCCUGCAGGCGCCAGACGAGGACCCGAUCCAGGGCCUGCGCCUGCCCCGCUCCUCAGCACGGGGGUGCCCGGUGCCCCGGGGAGGCUGGGGAGGCAGGGGCCCAGCUUGAGAAGGAGGCCUGCCCCAGCCCCACCACCUGCCCAGUGGACGGAGCCUGGAGCCCCUGGGGACCGUGGUCUCCCUGCGACACGUGCCUGGGGCAGUCACAACGGAGCCGGGAGUGCAGCCAGCCCCCCACCCCUGAGGGAGGGAGGCCUUGCCCUGGGGGCCACACACAGAGUCGCCCUUGUCAGGACAAUUCCACACGAUGCACAGACUGUGGGGGUGGCCAGAGCCUGCUCCCCUGUGGGCAGCCCUGCCCCCGCUCCUGCCAGGACCUGUCCCCCGGGAGUGCGUGCCAGCCAGGCCCGACCGGCUGUCAGCCCCGCUGCGGGUGUCCCCCCGGCCAGCUCUCCCAGGAUGGGCUCUGUGUGCCCCCGGCCCACUGCCGCUGCCAGUACCAGCCUGGAGCCCGGGGGAUCCCCAUGAACCAGAGCCGGUUGGCAGGGUCUGGGCUCAGCUCCUGGGAGAGCCUGGAACCUGGAGAGGUGGUGACUGGGCCGUGUGACAACUGCACCUGUGUGGCAGGCAUCCUGCAAUGCCAGGAGGUGCCCAGCUGUCCCGGCCCUGGGAUGUGGGGCUCCUGGGGCCCCUGGGAGGACUGCAGCGUUUCGUGUGGGGGAGGGGAGCAGCUGCGCUCCAGGCACUGUGCACGGCCCCCCUGCCCGGGGCCUGCCCGCCAGAGCCGCGCGUGCAACACCUGGGUCUGCAGAGAGGCAGGCUGCCCGGCCGGCCGCCUGUACCGCGAGUGCCAGCCCGGCGAGGGCUGCCCCUUCUCCUGCGCCCACGUCACGCGGCAGGUGGACUGCUUCUCCGAUGGCUGCGAGGAGGGCUGCCACUGCCCCCAGGGCACCUUCCAGCACCGCCUGGCCUGUGUCCAGGAGUGCCCCUGCGUGCUGACAGCCUCGCUGCUGUGGGAGCUGGGAGCCGCGGGCGGCAACCCUGGGGCGCAGCACCCUAUUCUGGGAGCCGGGGGUCAGCCCCUUGGGCCUGGAGAUGAGCUGGGCUCAGGCCAGACACUUCGUACAGGCUGCAGCAACUGCUCCUGUGUGCACGGGAAGCUGUCCUGCUCCCUGGAGGACUGCUCCAGGACCCCCGGGGGGUUCAGUCCCUGGGGCCCGUGGGGCCCAUGUUCCCGCUCCUGCGGCGGGCUGGGCACCCGCACCCGCAGCCGCCAGUGUGUGUUCCCCAUGUCCACCCCCGGUGGCCAGGGCUGCCAUGGGCCCCCCCAGGACCUCGAGUACUGCCCCAGCCCGGACUGCCCUGGGGCUGAAGGGUCCACCGUGGAGCCAGUGACAGGCCUUCCAGUCGGCUGGGGCCCCUGGUCCCCGUGGUCCCCCUGCUCUCGAAGCUGCACAGACCCGGCUCAGCCUGCUUGGCGCAGCCGCGCCCGCCUCUGCCUGGGCAACUGCACCUCGGGGACCUCCUCACAGGAGCGCGCCUGCAACCUGCCCGUGUGCACAGAGGUGCCCCUGUGCCCCGGCCCUGGCUGUGUGGCCGGGAACUGUUCCUGGACCUCCUGGGCCCCGUGGGAACCUUGCUCCCGCAGCUGCGGGGUGGGCCAGCAGCGCCGCCUGCGGGCGUACCACCCCCCUGGGCCCGGCGGGCACUGGUGCCCCGACAUCCUUACCGCCUACCAGGAGCGCCGCUUCUGCAACCUGCGUGCUUGCCCAGUGCCCGGGGGCUGGUCGCGCUGGAGCCCCUGGUCCUGGUGUGACCGGAGCUGUGGCGGGGGCCAGUCCCUGAGGAGCCGCAGAUGCUCGAGCCCCCCACCUAAGAACAGGGGUGCCCCCUGUGCCGGGGAGAGGCACCAGGUCCGGCUCUGCAAUCCCAUGCCCUGUGAGGCGGGCUGCCCCGCAGGCAUGGAGGUGGUCGCCUGUGCCAACCGCUGCCCCCGCCGCUGCUCAGACCUCCAGGAGGGAAUCGUGUGUCGGGACCAGGCCUGCCAGCGGGGCUGCCGCUGCUCCCAGGGCUCCCUGGAGCAGGACGGGGGCUGCGUGCCAGUCGGGCACUGCGAGUGCACAGAUGCGCAGGGCCACAGCUGGGCCCCCGGGAGCCAGCACCAGGACGCCUGCAACAACUGCUCGUGCCAGGCCGGGCAGCUCUCCUGCACCGCUCAGCCCUGCCCACCUCCUGCCCACUGCGCCUGGGGGCGCUGGUCAGCUUGGAGCCCCUGCAGCCACUCGUGUGGCCCUGGAGGGCAGCAGAGCCGCUUCCGGUCCUCCACGUCAGGCUCGUGGGCCCCGGAGUGUCGGGAGGAGCAGUCCCAGAGCCGGCCCUGCCCUCAGCCCCCGUGCCCGCCCCUGUGCCUGCAGGGUGCUCGCCCCCGCGCCCUGGGGGACAGCUGGCUGCAGGGCAAGUGCGGGCAGUGUUCCUGCACCCCAGAAGGCGUGAUCUGUGAGGACACCGCCGAGUGCACAGUGCCUGCGGCCUGGACGCUGUGGUCCCCCUGGUCCGACUGCCCUGUCUCCUGUGGAGGUGGAAACCGGGUCCGCAGCCGGGCCUGUGUGGCCCCGACUCCUGGCCAAGGGCCCCCAGCCUGCCCGGGCCCCGACACCCAGACCCAGCGCUGCGGGGAGCAGCCUUGUGUGCGGCUGCUGGAGGCCUGCUCCUGGGGCCCGUGGGGGCCCUGCUCCCGCAGCUGCGGCCCCGGCCUGGCCUCCCGCCCCGGGGCCUGCCCCUGCCUGCUAGCCGAGGCCGACCCCACCUGCAACGGCACCUUCCUCCACCUGGACACCCGGGCCUGCUACCCAGGGCCCUGCCUGGAGGAGUGUGUGUGGAGCAGCUGGAGCAGCUGGACGCGCUGCUCUUGCCAGGUGCUGGUGCAGCAGCGCUACCGACACCAGGGCCCAGGGCCCGGCGGGGCGGGGGCAGGCGCCCCCUGCACACGGCUGGACGGCCACUUCCGGCCCUGCCUCACCGGGAACUGCUCUGAGGAGAGCUGCAUGCCGCCCUUUGAGUUCCAGGCCUGUGACUCCCCCUGCGCCGGGCUCUGUGCCACACACCUGAGCCAGGAGCUCUGCCAGGACCUGCCGCCCUGCCAGCCCGGCUGCUACUGCCCUGAGGGGCUGCUGGAGCAGGGUGGGGGCUGCGUUCCCCCAGAGCAGUGUCACUGCUGGCACACCUCAGGAGACGGGGCCAGGGUGACCCUGGCCCCCGGGGACCGCCUGCAGCUGGGCUGUAAGGAGUGCGAAUGCCGGCACGGGGAGCUGCAGUGCACCAGCCAGGGCUGUCAAGGUCUUCUGCCUCUGAGCGGCUGGUCCGAGUGGUCGCCCUGUGGGCCCUGCCUGCCCCCCAGCGCCCUGGCCCCUGCCUCCAGGACUGCCCUGGAGGGGCGCUGGCCCUGGGGCCCAGCAAGCCUCUCCCCCACCUCGGCGCCCCUGCUGGCUUCGGAGCAGCACCGCCACCGCCUCUGCCUGGACCCUGAGACAGGGAGGCCCUGGGCCGGGGACCCCCACCUCUGCACUGCACCCCUCAGCCAGCAGCGCCUCUGCCCAGACCCUGCAGCCUGCCCUGACGUGUGCCAGUGGAGUCCAUGGGGGCCCUGGAGCCCCUGCCAGGUGCCCUGCAGUGGGGGCUACCGGCUGCGCUGGAGAGAGGCAGGGGGCCCCCCUGGAGGAGGCUGCCGAGGGCCGUGGGCUCAGACCGAGAGCUGCAACAUAGAGUCCUGCCCAGGGGAGAGCUGUGAGGCCCGGGACACUGUGCCCACCCUUGACUGUGCCAACCAGUGCCCUCGCAGCUGUGCCGACCUCUGGGACCGCGUUCAGUGUCUGCAGGGACCCUGCCGCCCAGGCUGCCGCUGUCCCCCCAGCCAGCUGGUGCAGGACGGGCGCUGCGUGCCCAUCUCUUCUUGCCGCUGUGGCCUCCCCAGUGCCAAUGCCUCGUGGGAGCUGGCCCCCGCGCAGGUGGUGCGGCUGGACUGCAAAAACUGCACCUGUGUCAAUGGGUCCCUGGUGUGCCCACACCGAGAGUGUCCAGUCCUCGGGCCUUGGUCAGCGUGGAGCAGUUGCUCAGCUACCUGUGGUGGGGGCACCAUGCAGCGACAUCGGAGCUGCCAGAGAGGUCCUGGGGGGACACCAUGCCAGGCCCAGGACUCAGAGCAGCAGCAGGGGUGUAACCUGCAGCCCUGCCCUGAGUGCCCCCCUGGCCAGGUGCUCAGCACCUGUCCCGCCUUGUGUCCGCGCCUUUGCUUGCAUCUGCAGCCUGGCACCGCCGUCUGCGCACAGGAACCCUGCCAGCCUGGCUGCGGCUGCCCUGAAGGGCAGUUGCUGCACAAUGGCACUUGCAUGCCCCCCACUGCCUGCCCCUGCACCCAGCACUCUCUGCCCUGGGCCCUCACCCUGAGCCUGGGAGAGCUGGCCGGAGAACUGCCCCCAGGGACGGUGCUCACCCAGAACUGCACCCGCUGUGUCUGCCAAAGUGGAGCCUUCAACUGUUCCCUCGAAGACUGUCAGGAGUGCCCCCCUGGGGAAAUGUGGCAGGAGGUGGCCCCUGGGCAGCUGGGGCCCUGCGAGCAGACGUGCAGGGAGAUGAACACCACAGAGACUCGGAGCAACUGCAGUGCCACUCAGGCCCCGGGCUGCGUGUGCCAGCCUGGGCACUUCCGCAGCCAGGCAGGCCCCUGUGUCCCCGCAGACCACUGUGAAUGCUGGCACCUCGGGCAUCCCCACCUGCCCAGGUCCGAAUGGCAGGAGGCCUGUGGGAGCUGCCGCUGCCUCGGAGGGAAGACUAUCUGCAGCCAGCACUGCCCCCUCCUCACCUGUGCUCAGGGAGAGGUGACAGUGCAGGAGCCAGGUAGCUGUUGUCCCACUUGCCACCGGGAGACUCCAGAGGAACAGUCAGCCUCCUGCCGCCACCUCACCGAGCUGCGCAACCUCACCAAGGGCCCCUGCUCCCUGGCGCAGGUAGCAGUGAGCUACUGCAGUGGGCACUGCCCAUCCAGCACCAAUGUCAUGCCGGAGGAGCCGUACCUUCAGAGCCAGUGCGACUGCUGCAGCUACCGCCUGGACCCCGACAACCCGGUGCGGGUCCUGAACCUGCGCUGUCCGGGUGGCCGCACAGAGCCGGUGGUGCUGCCGGUCAUCCACAGCUGCCAGUGCAGCGCCUGCCAGGGAGGCGAUUUCUCAAAGCGCUGACAGACUGCUGGAAGCGUCCACUGCUGUCCCUCUUGUGACCGUGGGGCUCAGCGGCACUGACCACCUCCCCGCAUGCUCACCCACCCGCCCCUGACUGGGG